AUUGUGUAUGGUUCGAUAAUGUAAAACUCCAGACAAGUUUUCUUGUGCGCAUCUGUUUUUAACACAUCUUGACAUUAUAACUCAUCUGUUUUUCUUUUCAAACAAUCUCAGAGCUAUUAAAACUGAUCACUUUCUGUUUGCUCUUAAUGACUGUGUCUACUGCAGCAACCUUCACACCAGUUCAGUUUCAUACAUUGGUCAGACACCAGCUGCAUUGCUCUUCCGGCCAGAGGGUUGCCCCAGAUCAGCUCAUCAUCCAGCAGAGCUCCACUGCUCAAAGACAGGUCCAGCCCAUUGCGCUGCAUGUCAUGCCGCAGGACAGCGCUCCUCCACCCCUUGCCCUGCAGACCCCAAACACUCCCACUACAGCCACCGGCCAAUCACAGCACACUGAGUUCCUCUCAGUGCCCUCCUAUGCAAGUCAGCCCACCAGUGAGUCAGCAGUGGUGUCUACACCCACAGCUCCCCCUGCAGUGCUCCCUGACCUUCCACCGCUUCAUCUGUGCCCAGUGCUAGAAUCGGUCUCCCAGUAUUCACCUCUGUCCAGCCCCCCUCCUCUCACCAUGGCACUGCCCAGGCUGGUCCAGCCACAGAGAUCUUGUGUUUCAGCCCCUUCAGAUUAUGCUGGUCUAUUUCAUCAGGUGAGACAUGCUUCCUUAGAGAUGAACCUGCAGGCCACAAUGCCAGAAGAUAGAGAGAAUGGAGAAUCAGCACAGAUGACUGCCUGAUGGAUGCGGACCAACCAGAGAACUCCACCGAUUCCGACACUGAUCACCCACCCGCUG